UUUCUAUUUAAAUAAUCAGAAACUUAUGUCUGUGUAACUUUAUAAUAUAAAGUCCUGUUGUUUGCUCUGUUUUCGUGCAACAAGAUGCGGUUGUUUCUUCUACUGACACUGGUUGCUACAACAAUGUGUGCUCAGAACACGUAUGUCGUCAUCGCCCCAUCAACGAUUUACGCCAACAUGAACUUCACCGUCAGCGUCAACAUUCUCAAGGCCACCGGUGACGUCACGGUCGUCGCCCAAGUUCUAAGGGGAAUAACUCCUGUAGCAAGCGGAGUAAACGUUUAUAAAACCGGUACUCCGGGUACAAUCACGAUGCAGCUUCCGCCUCGACUGCCCAACAGCGACUACACGUUCAAAGUCGUUGGCAGCGGUGGUUUGGUAUUUGACAACUCUACGAGACUCAGCUACAACAGCAAAGAGGCUUCGUUGUUUAUACAGCUGAAUAAGGCCAUCUUUAAGCCUAGUGAUACAGUGAAAUUUAGGGUGUUUGGUGUGUAUUCCGACCUACAGUCCUACAAAAGAACAAUGGACAUUUCUAUUUAUGACGCGCAGAAAAUUAAGAUCAAACAGUGGGUCAAGGUCAGUCCAGAGAAAGGGGUCAUCGCCCAGGAACUGACCCUCUCGUCCCAGCCAGUCCUUGGGGAAUGGAAAAUCUCUGUGGAAGCUGGCAAAAUGAAAGAAGAAAAGUCGUUCACUGUAGCUGAGUUUGUUCUACCCAAGUUCAAGGUCGAGGUCAUCAUGCCACCUUACGUUUUGACCAGCGACGCCGACAUCACGUUUAUUGUUAAGGCGAAGUACGCCUAUGGUAAACCGGUCAAGGGAAGCGCGAACGUCCAAGUAAACCUACACGACUACUGGGAGACGAAGCCCGUGUACAAGGCAACUGUCCCCAUUGAAGGAGAAACCAGGGUGAUGGUGCCCGUGUCGAAGGUCAAGGAUAUUCGAGUCCAGCUGCAUAAACGCACCCUUACCACCGUCGCCAACGUGACCGAGUCUUUGACAGGAAUCAAGGUGUCCAGUAGUGGAACGGUCACCAUUUACCAAGAAGGUGUUAACCUCAAGCUACUUGCGGACAACCACAACUUUAAACCUGGUUUACACUACACCAUGGAUAUAAAAAUCUCACAGCCGGACGGGCGUCCGAUCGGCUCCAGUAGUGAAAACGUGAAGGUUACAAUCAAAGGCUCUGACAGCAAAUUUGACUGUGUGCUUUCUUUACACACAGGCAUACUUACACAGACACAGAGCGUCCCUACCAACGGUCGUGUCACUCUACGCCCACUGAUACCACCAAACACCGAGUUUAUCUAUAUAACAACUAGUUUCCGGGGAGUGUCCAAAACAGCGUGUGUAGGAAAGAGUCAUUCCCCUAGUAGCUCACACCUCCACAUCUAUUUACAUUCUUCUUCUAUAAAGGCAGGGGACACAAUAAUGUUUUCAGCUGAAGGUACUGAAGAGUUGCCUACCCUUACGUACCAGGUUCUCUCCCGAGGCACCAUAGUAAAAUCUGGCACAAUAAACGGCAACAACCAGAAGAGCAUCCAUUUCUCCAUCGUCUCUGAGCCCAGCAUGGCGCCCUCUGCCAGAAUCGUCGUCUACUACGUCAGACCAGACGGUGAAGUUGUCCCAGACAGUAUCAGCUUCGACAUCAGCGGCGCUUUCAAUAACAAGGUGACCGUUGAUGUCGACAAGACAGAUGGUCAACCAGGAGAUGAAGUGACUAUUGUCACCACUUCUGACCCAGACUCCAAUGUCUACUUACUGGCCAUUGAUCAAAGUGAUGUGUUACUAAAAAACGAAAAUGAUGUUACUUUUGCUGAUGUCCAUACAGAGAUCAUGAACUACGAUACGGAUUUCACAAUAAGAUUUUGCCGCACCAGCUCCGCAGGUGUAGAUCUAGAGAAUGCAGGAGUUACCGUUCUUACCGAUGCUAUGGUGUACCGAGAUAGAUCCAAUUUUGACAUUGGCGACGAUCCACUAGAGUAUGGGGCUAAAUAUCGCGCAACCCGAGCUGAAUUGUAUGCUGCGAGGAACGCAGAUCCACUAUUUCGAAAAUCAGCACGUGUUAGAAAGAUCUCUCCUGAUUCCUGGCUCUGGACUGACGUUUACGUCGGGGCGAACGGCUCAGCUUCCAUCACAGCCACUGUACCAGACACCAUUACGUCAUGGGUGGUCAGCGCCUUCGCCAUCAACUCAAACUCUGGUCUGGGCGUGGCCCCAACACAAGCUCACCUGAAAGUCUUCCGACCGUUUUUUGUCAGCCUCAACCUCCCCUACUCUGUGACUCGUGGUGAGCAGCUGGCACUUCAAGCAAACGUCUUCAACUACCUGACAGACGAUAUGCAGGUACGUGUGACCCUGGCCGCGUCAAAAUGUUUCCACUACAUUUUUAUCCACGAGACAGGAAACCAGGAGCUGAAACAGUUUGAUGCUGUACAGGAUGUUGUGGUCAAGGCUGGGGAAGCCAUGACAGUGUAUUUCCCAAUCGUCCCUGCUGACCUUGGUAGAAUUGACGUGGAGGUCAAGGCCCAGUCCACCAAGGCCGCUGACACCGUGCGCAGACAACUCCUGGUUGAGGCUGAAGGUGUCCCCAAGCAAUACAACAUCCCUGUCCUCAUCGACCUGACAGAAAGAAAAACAACUUUCUCAAAGACCAUUGACCUCACUCUGCCUGCAAACGUGGUCAAGGGAUCUGAGCUUGUUAGGAUUUCGGCUGUCGGUGACCUGAUGGGUCCAACCAUCGCUGGACUUGGCUCCCUGCUCCAGAUACCAACCGGAUGUGGGGAACAAACCAUGCUUGACCUGGCAGCGAAUGUCUACGUCACAGAUUACCUGGACUGUGUCAAUCAACUGUAUGGAGACAUCAAGACCAAAGUUAUCGACUUCACGGAGAGUGGUUACCAGGGUGUGCUGACCUACAAACACAGUGACGGAUCUUUCAGUGCUUUUGGUAACAGUGACAAGUCUGGCAGUAUGCGUCUGACAGCAUUUGUAGCCCGCGUCUUCCACCAGGCCAAACGUCACAUCUUUGUGGAUGACAACAUCAUCAACGACGCCAUCCAGUGGAUGAUACAGCAACAAAAUACAGACGGCAGCUUUCCGGAACCUGGCGUGGUACUUAGCCGUACCAUGAAGGACCAAGCAGGGUCAGGGGUCAGGUUAACCCUGUUUGUAUUGAUCUCACUACUGGAGAACCGUGAUGACAUGAAGUAUCUGAAUGUUGAUGAGGCCAUACAAAAAGCCCUGGCCUACUCUGAACAGGAAGUUGCCAAGUUGGAUGAUCUCUACGUUCUCGCCAUGGCGUCUUACGCUUUCCAACUGGCCGGCAGCAACAUGACCCAAGCUGUUCUAGACAAACUGGAGGCUGAGUCAACUCAGAAGGACGGCAUGAGAUACUGGCAGCAGCCAGAUCCACUGAAGAUCAUCACGUGCCAUAGCCCCAACCCCGCCAAGGCCGUUGACAUUGAGAUGACCGCCUACGUCUUGCUGGCCUACACAAAGCGGGGCGAUUUGGUGGCGGGCAAGAGCAUCAUGCAGUGGAUCACCAAACAGAGAAACGCGAACGGUGGCUUUACGUCCACACAGGAUACCGUCGUCGCACUCAACGCCCUCAGCGAGUACGCCAAACAGAUGUCCAGAAAGAAAUUUAAAGUCCACAUCACCACCCAGCUGGACGAUGAGACUACCUACACUUUUGAUAUUGACAAGACCAACUCACUUCUGCUGCAGACUAGAGAGAAUACAAAAGUACCAGCUCAAGUUGUGAUCACUGCUACUGGCUCAGGCAUGGCACUUGUUCAGGCUGCUCUAAGCUUCAACGUGCUGUCAGAUAUAAAGCCAGAACACUUUGAUCUAAUAUUGGGAAUCGUAAAGGAGAAUUUCACAUACUUGGAUGUGGAAACUUGCACAAGAUGGUUAGGAAAGGUCCCAGGAAGUGCCAUGGCCGUCCAAGAGUUUGGUAUCCCAUCAGGCUUUGCAGCUGACCUUGACGACUUGACCAAGCUAGACAACCUAAAGAGAGUCGAGACACAAAACAAGAAGGUUAUCCUCUACUUCGACAAGAUCGGAGCGACGCCCGUGUGUUUAAAUCUUAGAGUCAGACGAGUUGAUUUUGUUGCCAAGUCCCAGCCAGCUGCCGUCAGGGUCUAUGACUACUAUGAGCCACGCAACCAGGUAACAGUUUUCUACCAAUCACAACUUCUGAAAGAUUCCACCAUCUGUGACGUCUGCCCGGAAUGUGAAAACUGUCCACCACUAGUAGUUGAACAAGAAGAGGUCGUAAGUGGCUUAUGGGAUAAAUGCAAAGCUAUCUUCGAUCGGCGUGCGGAAAUAAUCUUUGAUAUUAUACAUCUUUUAUAGCAAGGAAAUCUUAUAUCAAAGAAAAUGUGGCUUUUAAACAAGUCUUUGUUUGUAUUACCUUACAUCUGUUUAAAUCUUUUACUAAUUUAUACAAAUAUUAUAAUUAUUAUUAUAGCUUUUA